GCGCGCGUGUGUGGAUAGCCGAGGCCGCCGGGGCCUGCUUGCCUGCCCGCCCGAGUCGCUCCGCGGGGACGCGCGAUGUGGGGGGUUCCUUGUGAGAAAAUACCAGCCUUCAUAUGUAAAGAGGAUCUCUUCUAAGCGUGACAGAAUUUAGAAUGUUGGUUUAUUUGUUCCUGUAAUGGAGGAAUAACCAGAUCUCUCAUUAUUGCACUGGAAGACUUCACAGGAAAUACAACAUGUCUUCAAAUAGGAGUCAGAAUCCACAUGGACUCAAACAAAUUGGUCUUGACCAAAUAUGGGAUGACCUCAGAGCUGGAAUUCAACAAGUUUAUACAAGGCAAAGUAUGGCAAAAUCCAGAUAUAUGGAACUCUACACUCAUGUUUAUAACUACUGUACUAGUGUACACCAAUCUAAUCAAGCACGAGGAGCUGGUGUACCUACUUCUAAAUCGAAAAAAGGCCAAACACCUGGAGGAGCUCAGUUUGUUGGCUUGGAACUGUACAAGCGGCUUAAAGAAUUUCUGAAGAAUUAUUUGACAAAUCUCCUUAAGGAUGGAGAAGACUUGAUGGAUGAGAGCGUGCUUAAAUUCUACACUCAACAGUGGGAGGAUUAUAGGUUUUCAAGCAAAGUGUUAAAUGGGAUUUGUGCCUACCUCAAUCGACACUGGGUUCGCCGUGAGUGUGAUGAAGGCCGCAAAGGAAUAUAUGAAAUCUAUUCGCUUGCACUGGUGACCUGGAGGGACUGUUUAUUCAGGCCAUUAAAUAAGCAGGUAACAAAUGCUGUGCUGAAGCUGAUUGAAAAGGAACGAAAUGGUGAAACAAUCAAUACCAGGUUGAUCAGCGGAGUUGUGCAGUCUUACGUGGAGCUGGGACUGAAUGAAGAUGACACUUUUGCUAAGGGGCCUACUCUGACGGUUUACAAAGAGUCCUUUGAAUCUCAGUUUCUUGCCGACACGGAGAGAUUCUACACAAGGGAGAGCACUGAGUUUUUGCAGCAGAAUCCAGUUACAGAAUACAUGAAAAAGGCAGAGGCUCGCCUUCUGGAGGAACAGCGUAGGGUUCAGGUAUAUCUACAUGAGAGCACACAAGACGAACUAGCACGAAAAUGUGAACAAGUCCUUAUUGAAAAACACUUGGAGAUCUUUCACACAGAAUUCCAGAACCUGUUGGAUGCUGACAAAAAUGAAGAUUUGGGACGUAUGUAUAACCUUGUCUCUCGAAUUCAGGAUGGCCUUGGGGAGCUGAAAAAACUUUUAGAAACACACAUUCAUAAUCAGGGUCUAGCUGCCAUUGAAAAAUGUGGAGAAGCUGCUUUAAAUGAUCCAAAAAUGUAUGUACAGACAGUGUUGGAUGUCCACAAGAAAUACAAUGCACUGGUCAUGUCUGCUUUCAACAACGAUGCUGGCUUUGUGGCUGCACUGGACAAGGCUUGUGGCCGGUUUAUCAAUAAUAACGCAGUGACAAAAAUGGCCCAGUCAUCUAGCAAAUCUCCAGAAUUGUUGGCUCGGUAUUGCGACUCUUUGCUAAAGAAAAGCUCAAAGAACCCAGAAGAAGCUGAGCUUGAAGACACGCUCAAUCAAGUGAUGGUUGUCUUCAAGUAUAUUGAAGACAAAGAUGUGUUUCAGAAAUUUUAUGCCAAAAUGUUGGCAAAACGGCUCGUGCACCAGAACAGUGCCAGUGAUGAUGCCGAGGCAAGCAUGAUCUCCAAGCUGAAGCAAGCGUGUGGCUUUGAAUAUACCUCAAAGCUUCAGAGAAUGUUCCAAGAUAUUGGUGUAAGCAAGGACUUGAACGAGCAAUUUAAAAAGCACCUGUCCAAUUCGGAGCCAUUAGAUUUGGACUUUAGCAUACAAGUGCUGAGCUCUGGAUCCUGGCCCUUCCAAAUGUCUUGUGCGUUUGCUCUCCCCUCAGAGUUGGAACGGAGUUACCAGAGAUUUACUGCUUUCUAUGCUAGUCGCCAUAGUGGAAGAAAAUUGACCUGGUUGUAUCAGCUAUCCAAAGGGGAGUUGGUUACCAAUUGCUUCAAAAACAGAUACACACUGCAGGCAUCUACAUUCCAGAUGGCAAUUCUACUGCAGUACAACACAGAAGAUGCCUAUACUGUACAGCAGCUGACAGACAGUACUCAAAUAAAAAUGGAUAUUUUGGCACAAGUUCUACAGAUUUUGUUAAAGUCAAAAUUGUUGGUUCUGGAAGAUGAAAAUGCAAAUGUUGAUGAGGUGGAGUUGAAGCCAGAUACCUUAAUAAAAUUAUAUCUUGGUUACAAAAACAAGAAACUGAGGGUAAACAUAAAUGUGCCAAUGAAGACAGAACAGAAGCAAGAACAGGAAACGACUCACAAGAAUAUAGAGGAAGACAGGAAACUGCUGAUACAGGCUGCCAUUGUGAGGAUUAUGAAGAUGAGAAAGGUCCUAAAGCACCAGCAGUUGCUUGGAGAAGUGCUCACACAGCUAUCAUCAAGAUUCAAACCACGAGUCCCAGUAAUAAAGAAAUGUAUUGACAUUUUAAUAGAGAAGGAGUACUUGGAACGGGUGGAUGGUGAGAAGGACACCUACAGUUACUUGGCUUAACAGUUUUUAGCAGCUGUCUGACUGUGUGACACUCGGCAAAUGGUUACACGAUUGAAAGAAUGAGAACAACUGAACUUCAUAGCAGCCAGCCUGCUGCCAUUUGGACCUCCCAUUUUUAUAACUGAGACCAGGACUCCCAUCAAACAGUCUCGGAAUUACAUCAGACCUGCUCAGGAUUGAUACAUUUCAAGUAUGUAAAUAUGGACACCAAUGCCAUUUAACCUAAUUUAAGAACAGGAAGGAAUCUGAAACCUUCUCCGUGGAGGGUUGCAUGUUACUGCAUUUAAAUCAAUACAUUGGCUAUACGACAAAACAAGCUGUCAUCACAGGCAGCACUUAGACAUGUUGGCAGCACUUGGAGAGUCUGAUCGGGGCCCAUGUUGUAAUCUGCUAUGAAAAAUCAUUUGUAUAGUGUGUUUCAUUUUCUAAUGUGUGAUAAAUAAAAAGGAUUUAAAAAAAAUUCUGUACAAGUUGCAUUUGGUUUUAUUGUUAAGUUCUAUGAGUUAUCUUUCUUAAAUGUAAAUAAAGAGGUAUAAUGAUUAUGAAAGCCAGA